AUCUGAAAUCUUUGUUAACAGGUUCGUAUUCACGACGCUUCGUCCAGAUUCUUCCACGAACCCUUGAUGCCGGAAUUCGCCUGUUCAGCCUGCAGGCAGGUCCUCAGAUCUCGCCUUCGACGGCGUCUGCUCCAUCUCCAGGAUGGCCGUCGCAGCCUCCACAGCUCUUCAAUUUUGAAGAGUGAACGCCACAAUCGUACCGUCGAGUCGUGGUACUGGGAGACGAAACCGCCUACACUUCGAGAGUUGGCGGCAGCGGAACACUUUUUCAGAUACAACAGACCAUUCCGUCAAUGGACCGGCGAGACGUGGCGGCAGGAUGGUGCGAAAAGGGGGCCAUUGCAGAUUCCUGAAGUCAUCUUUUUAGGUCGUUCCAACGUUGGCAAAUCUUCAACGAUCAAUGCUCUCGCCGGCGAAGACCUCAACCGAGUCAGUGCGGUACCCGGCGCGACGAAAGCCAUGGCGGCAUGGGCAUUCGCAGCGAAAACACCCAGCGGCGGUGCCAUCGCAGGAUGGGACGGUGAUGUCUCCACGAAACUGUCCCUGGUUGAUAUGCCAGGUUACGGCUUCGGCUCCAAGGCUCUAUGGGGUUCUUCUAUAAUGACAUAUCUGAUUGAGAGAAAACACAUCCGCAGGGCUUUCAUCUUGCUGGACACUAUACACGGCAUACAAGAAGGCGACCGUCAUCUGAUCGAGAUUCUUCGCGGCCUUGCCAUACCCUACCAGAUUGUCGCCACGAAAUGUGACCGGCUCGUCGAAAUGAAAGAUUACGAAGGUCAGGUUCGAGAGGCGCUGACAACGCUCCGCACCCAGGCACAAUUUGACACCACAGAGGAACAAAAGCUGGCCCUGGGCGAGAUCAUCUGUAUGGGUAACCUGCACGCUAGUAUCCUCAAGGGCAAGCCACCUCCCAAGUCUAAAGACAUACCAUUUGGCGUUCAAAAUCUCCAAUGGGCAGUACUCAGGGCCGUUGGCUUGGAUACUUACGCAGUGCAGAAGGCCCAGGGUCAAGGGGCGCUUAAGAACAUCGCCACGGAAGAACAACCCAGCAUGAGGAUUGACUAUGUGCCGGGGGUCGAUCUGUCUCCCAAGACAGCUGAUCCUAUUACGAUAGAGGAGAAGCCUAUGCCGUCAGAGACUGCAGGAACCAAGUCAUCCUCCUCCUCUUCCAGCCUCCCCGACCUCUCCAUCGAAGAAUUCAUGCGCGAGAUCAUGGGCGCGCGAGCAACACCGUCCGCAAUGCCGCCCACGCCGCCCACACCCACCAAAUCCACUACAGACACCGAUGCAUUGCCUCCGUGGGAGCGGCUCAUGCAAGGCUAUCGAAACAGAGAACAAUCCAGAGUACAACGCCAGAUACCUCUUCGUCAGCCAGCAUACCGUUCUGGUCUGGAAGGUCCGGAAGGGGGCCGCUACCAUCCCCAACAGGCUGUAUCGAGCAGAUCCCGGCUCCCUCCAUCGUUGCGGUUCCCAGAAAUUCCACUCAGGCGGGCUGCACCGACUGCUCCCACUACAACUUCUACAGCGGCUCAACCUACACGGUCAGCCCCACCGAACACGAGCAGCGAAGGCAAAGUCGUCCUCAGGGGCUCCGACGCAUUUGAAGCCAUGAUGGGGUCGUCCGAGCCCGCCAAGUCUACGAGCAGGACACGAGGCAAGCAAAAGAAGAACAAGAGCAAAUCUGGAAGCAAGCAGGCUGUCCAGGAGCCGUCAAGAGCACAAUCUGCCCGACCGGCCUUGAGUGGCAAAGGUGUACUUCGCGGCAUGGAUGCGUUCGAGUCGAUGUUCUCCGAACCGCCCAGAACAAAGUCAGCUGCUAAGAGACGGCGGCGUUCAGGGUAGAGGUGUCUCGUUGUUCGAAAAGUCAAUCCUCACGUAGAUACUUUGUACUAAUAUCGUCCAGUCCAGGCUGGCUUCUUAGCGUGGAGUAGAGCCUGGCCAGACAUGUAGACUAUACCGUCUCUCAGCAUAGACAGAUUGGAAAUAGAAGCAAGCAGCUUCUCUAAAGCACAUUCAAAAAGGACAGAAAUUUGUCAAUUCUAGCGACAGUAGAAAUAGAAAGAAGUAAUCAGGCGCAUUCAAUAUCUCAG